AUGAUGUUUGAGUGUUGGUCCAAGAAGAGCAGGCGAGGCGCUUGCCGAAGAAAGUUUGACCCCUUUUGCGGACGAUUUGGUGCAGAUUUAGUCAACAGCGAAAGUCUGUGCCGAUGGUGGAAGCUCAACCGUAUUCUGUAUAGAGCUACAUGCAAGAUCUCACCAACUACAGUGUAUAUGCCCGAGGAACUUACAUCAAACUACUAA